AUGAGGCCAGCUACUGUUAUGUCUAACCCGAUAUCGCAGACUUUCCAUCAUGCGAAAACUCGAAGCUAUACGCCAGGUCUUACCCGAUUUUCAACAUCAAGAAAACAUGCUAGAAAUGCUUCACAGUUAGAUAGCUAUAUUGCACCUUUAGCUGGGAUUCAUCACUCCCAGUUCCCUCCCAAAGAAAGUGAAAGACGAGAAAUCACUGGACAUAUGGGAGCAUUAAAAAAAAUUUUCAAUUCUUUUAGGGAAGAUUAUGAAAAAGCUGAUAAAAAGUUAUAUAGUCUUUUGGCGUUAUUUCUGAUCGGCUCCCAUGAGCUAAAAAUCGGUUUCCACGUGAAACCAUCUUUGGCUCUUGGGAGCCGAUCAGAAAUUUAAGCAACUGAUCAUACAAUUUUCCUCAAAUUUCUAAAAAAUACCAAAAUUUUUAUUUUUAUUGAAAAUUCAUAGGAAAUGUCAUAGAAGCUUUAAAUUCGCAGUUUUCUCAAUACAACACAAUAGAAGAAAUCAGUGGACUUAGAGCAGCAAGACAAGAAGGAAAAAUAAAAUCUUUAAAAAAGAAAACAGAAGAAACACAAAGACUUCAAAUCGAGGAAAAUUUCAAUCGACAAGUAAACCUUCAUGUGCUAGAAAGGAUGAGGCAAACCAAAAUUCAUAUGGAUUUUAAAAAAAAUUCUAUGAAAGAACAAAUAAAAGUCCUGGAUUAUUAUUUAAGAGAUGAACAAAGAAAACAACUGACAAGCAGAGAUGGGCAGUUUAAAGGAAUUUUCGCGUUUAAAAGUUUACAGCAGAGCGUAAAUGACGAGCAGAAAGCUCAUAAUCUGCAAUUAGAGAUGAUUGAAAAAGAAUAUAAAUAUACAAAAAAAGCCAAUAAUAAAAGAGAAGAUAGGAAGCACAGACAAGAAGAAAUCGCAGAAGCUGCCGCAAACGAAGACCGUGACCUGAGAUACAACAAAACCCGAGAAGCUUUAAUGCUCAACAAACUGUGGUACAAGUACCUAGGAAAUGCUUUAAAAAUCCAAAUGGAACAAUCAAAAUCAAUAGAAGAAGCCUUCCAAAAAAUCAGAGUCGUUACCGGUCUUUAUGAUAUUCAAGAAGUCGUCCAGCGAUUCCUCACACGAGAACAAUCAUACGCCCAGCUUGCCACUAUGGUAACUGAAUGCAAAGCAAUAUGCAAUAAUUAUAAAAAUAAAAACACCGAACUCUCAGACCUUAUUCAUGAAUUUAAACUAGCCGAACAAACAAAUAAAAACGUUAACACAGAAAUUUUAAAAAAUAAAAUUGCUGACUGCUAUGAAGACCUGACAAAAGAAAAAGAUAAAUAUUUUCGCUCAAAAAAGACAAGGACCAAUAUUUUGUUAUGGGCUAAAAAAAUGCUGAUGAAGUUCAAUAAAGGGCAUACAGACCAAAAGAAUGAGGAUAUUAAAGAAGUCAUGCAAAGCUUAGCGAAUGAGGUCAAAUUUGCGAUACAGAAGACAAAAGAGCUGGGCGCUCCUUUAAAUAUAGCGAAAAAAGAAAGUUUGAGUGAAAUUCAAGGGAUUUUUAAAAGACUAAACCCAGAGCUGCAAGUCAAAAUGAUGAGAAUCGACCCUGAAGAAAUUCUUAAAAAAGAAGCUUCAGUUGAAGACUUAGCUCCAGCUUCGUAUAGUCCUGAAAUAGUUGAAGAAAUCCCAGACAAAAAGUAUAAGCUUCACCCAUUUGUUCCGGAAAAAGAGAAUUCAAGCUCAUUUAGGCAUUCUAAAUAUGACAAACAUAAAUAA